UUGGAACGAAGGUUGAAUAUUAUUUUAUCAAUAAUUUUUGUAGAAACUGUAUAGAUAGGUUGUAGUUAUAUAAUCGUAUUCAUUCAACCCAUCCAAACGACGUUCAUUUUCUGUAACCACGUUUAUUGUUUUAACCGUACAACAAACACAUGACGUUACUAUCGUUGAUAACAUUGCUAUAUGAUAAUGAAUAAUAAUGAUUAUUGAUAUGAUGACCGAUGGAUAUACAUUAUACACUAGUCAGUACUCAAUAGAAUAUUCGAUCCAUAUUCAGUUAAUUAGUUUCAUCAUGGUACUAGAGUUGUAAUUACAUAAUUCACUUACGAAGACAAGUAGUCUCGCCGGUCUUGUUGGCUCGGCUUCGAGAAAUUUUAAUUCCGUGACUAGGUGUUGAGACAAUGCCAAACAGUGGAACUGCAUCUGCUGAUUCACUGCCUAAUGUGGCUGCUCAUCUACCCUCAAUAUUUAUGUCCCUGCGCACUAAACUUCCGUCUCACGUACUAGCCAUUCGGCCCUGGUCACUGAGUGCAUCAAUAAUACCAACCUUAUUAGGCUGCACCAUAGCGCAGAAAUUAAAUUCCAACAUAGAAUUUAGUCUUCUGACGUUGCUGUUGACUCUACUAACGGUUGCCUUGGUUCAUGGAGCUGGAAAUGUGGUGAAUACCUACUAUGAUUAUGUCCGUGGCAUUGAUGGCCGUAAUAGCGAUGACCGAACCUUGGUGGAUAGAAUUUUGUCUGAGAAUGAAGUUGAAAGGUUAGGUGCUAUAUUAUACUUUUUGAGUUUUGUUACAUUCUUUUGGCUCGCCAUCAUAUCUCAAGCUAAAAUGGGUCAUCUAGCUGCUGCCUAUUUAUGGGGUUUGAGCAUCUCAUUUCUAUACACCGGUGGAUUUGGUUUCAAGUACAUUGCUCUUGGAGACUUAAUAUUUUUGAUACUGUUUGGGCCUGCGUCAGUUUUAUUUGCUUAUUUAUCGCAUACCGGUCAACUUAAUUUGGAACCAAUAUAUUAUGCUAUACCAUUAGCAUUAAACACUGAAGCUAUAUUACAUAGUAAUAACACAAGAGAUUUAGAAAGUGAUAGAAAAGCUGGUAUUGUUACAUUGGCAAUAUUAAUAGGCCGAACAGCCUCAAUCAUUUUUUAUGGAUUUCUUUUAUUUACUCCAUAUAUUAUGUUUGUUGUUUUAUCAGUGAGAUAUUCUAAAUGGUUUUUAUUGCCAUUAAUUACAAUGAGCUAUGCGUUUAAGAUAGAAAGAGAGUUUAGAGAUGGUAUAAAUAUUCAGUCUGUACCUAAACGAACUGCUAAUUUAAAUUGUAUUUUUGGAAUUUUAUAUAUAUUGGCUGUAAUGGCAGCUGACAAAUCGAAUUUGCCAUUUAAUAUUAAUUGAGAUACUAAUAUUUAAAUGUUAUGGCUAUUAGUAUCGAAUGUUCUUACAGUAGGUUGCGAUGGUCCUAACAACGUUCCUUAGGGUGUAUAGUUAUUAUGCAUCGAGAACAUUAUUCUGAAUUUUUUUUUUAUUAUUGUAACAGUUUUAUAUUUUUUAAUUUAUAAGUAAUAAAUUAAUGUAUUAAAAAAUGAAUGUUUAAAGAAAUGUUAAAGCUAUGUACACAUACAUUAUAUUAUGUAAUUGAUAAAAUCUUAGCUAAAAUAUCCAGCUCAUUUGCCUGAAAUGUACUGAAUAUUCUAUUUUUAAUUACAAUGUUUGUUACUUUGCUUAAUAGAAAUCUUUAUUGUACAAACACACCUAAGUUAUAACAUUAGAAUACUGGUUAUUUUUUUUUUUUACAAUUCCUUAAAUAUGUGAAUUUAAGUAUCACAAAUUGUUGUUCUUUGUUUAACAAAUAAAUAUUAUAUAAUCAUUGUGGUAAAUCAAGAUAUAGAGUUCAAUGUUAUCAUUGAUUUAUUAUAAUAGCAUGUGAUCUUUUAUCUAAU